AUGGCUGUUCGAGCUGCUAUCAUUAAUUCCGAGACAAAAGAACGAUUACCUGUCAUAAUUCUCCUAGACAGUGGAGCACAAGCAAGCUUUAUCAGUAAGGCAGCAGUUAAACGACAUAAACUCAACGUGUUCGAGGAAGCUCCGAUGACGGCCUGCGCCUUUGGGGCGGCGCUCCGUUCAGUGAUACCCGACGUCAUCAUUGGUAUUGAUUAUUUGUGGGAUAUUCUAACGUUGCAAGAACCAGUGACUCUACCUUCAGACAAUAUUGUGAUUCCGUUAAAUGUUGCACGUUAUCAAGUUAACUCUAAGUCUAUCAUAAGAGAUUCGAGGGUUCCAGAAGAUAAGAAGAGAGACCUCAUCCUACUGAAGCUCGAUGAUGCCGCAUAUCGUAAGUAUGCAGAUGAUAUCCUACCUUCACAACCGCACGAGAUCGACUUCAACACGACGGUGAGGAAUCUUCAAAAGUUGUUUACAUCCAAGAAAACUUUGAUACGUAGACGUUACGAGUGCUUGAGUAUAACGUGUCCUCCUCUCACUCAGGAUAACGUACCGUUUCGUGAUUACGCGAAUACAAUCAAAAGGAUGGAUGAAGAUGCUGCGUUGAAGGAGAUGGAUUAUACUUCAAUGAAGACCUUACAGUUCGUGGCGAGACUUCAGGAUCCUUCAUUACUGAAAAUACGUCUCAGAAUGCUUCGUCGACUUGAUACACAAGCAGAAGACGUACCGCUCACAAUCGAAGAUCUCGUUGCAGAAUGCGAAAACAUCACAGCAUUGAAGGUGGAUAACGCAAACAUGGAAGCAAGCCAUGAUGUGCAUGCCGUGCAGAAAAAGAAGGUCAAGUGCUUCGAAUGUGGAGGACCACACUACAAAACCUUCUGUCCUCUUCUCAUGAAACAGUUUCCGAAGAAACCGAAGAGGAUGCACCACCGGCUUAAGAGGAAUAAAUGCAAAGAUGUUGCCACAUUCUCCGCUGAGCACGCUAGGACAUAUAUCAAUGUUGAUGUCAGUGGACACAAACUACGGUUCCAACUGGACACUGGAGCAGAUAUAACGUUGAUAUCACGUCACACAUGGAAAAAGCUAGGAUUCCCUGCUUUGGAGCCCUACGCUACGCCAGUAAAGACGGCAGAUGGAUCGCCAAUGAAGAUAGAUGGAAGAUUUCAUAUCGAGUUCUCUGUGAAAGACCGCCCUGCAUACAAAGAGUUGCAGGAGAAGUAUCACAGCCGAAUGGGGAUAGAACACAUCCGCUCACCGCCCCUCCAUCCGCAAUCAAACGGAGCGUUUCGUCGACACGCUGAAGAGAGCUUUACUCAAAUCGAAGGGAGGAGAGAACUCCUAACAGAGUUUUUGAAGUGCUAUCGAAGGAUGCCGUGUACCACGACUCCCAAACAACUUUCUCCAGCAGAGUUAUUUCUUGGACGUCAGCUACGUACAACCUUGACGCUGCUGAAGGAAGAAAUAAGAAACGAAAAGGGAUCACGCAAGACAAGGAUGGAAAGACAGCACAAUCUUCACCACGAAGCACGUGAAAGAUCGUACGAUAUUGAAGAUCCUGUCUACAUUCGGAACUAUCGUUCUGGAGAGCAGAAUUGGAUUCCUGCCCACGUGAAAAACCUUUAUGGGCGAGUAUUGUACGACGUUUCGAUGGAAGACGGGCAAUUGUGGAGAAGACACACCAACCAAAUGCGAACCAGAUCACAACCAAGUGCCACUGAUCAAGCAAAGAAAACUGUUGGUGAACAUUCCCAGUAUGAAAAUCCACAAGAAAAGUAUAAUGUAGUGCACAAUGAAGAAGUGCAACCCACAAGAGAUUUCAGUGAUGAAAGUAUGGAUCCAAAUGCAACCGCCACAGUAUUGGAUAGAAUGAACCGACAACGCCGUCCACCCAAUCGUCUUCAAGUACGCCCGAGGAAGAAGACAUAUAUGUGA